AUGUUUGACCGUGUGUUCUCUCCUGGUUUGGUCAGAGGCAAAAACUGGCAAAGUUCAUCAUUCAGUGGUGGGGUGUUCAUAGAAAAGAAGGAUUUUGAGUUUUCCAAACCAAAUUUCUUUAUUAAGAAGUUGAGUUUUUCAAACCAAAUUUCUUUGUUACUAAACCAUUUCCGUUUUGGUGGAACAAAUUUGAAUUUGCAGGCAUUUCAGCAGUUUACUGGUAUCAACACGGUCAUGUACUACAGCCCAACGAUUGUUCAGAUGGCUGGCUUCAGUUCCAAUCAGUUAGCACUUCUACUGUCCCUCAUUGUUGCAGCAGUGAAUGCUGCAGGUACAAUUGUUGGAAUUUACCUCAUUGACUAUGUUGGUCGUCGAAAGUUGGCCCUCAGUAGCCUAUGUGGUGUAAUUGUGUCUCUAAUCCUUCUUGCUGCGGCAUUCUUCCUGGAAUCAUCUGGUUCUACGAAUGGAAUAUAUGGGUGGAUUGCAGUUUUAGGCUUAGCCCUUUAUAUUGCUUUCUUUGCACCUGGAAUGGGGCCUGUACCAUGGACAGUGAACUCAGAGAUAUAUCCCGAGUCAUAUCGGGGAAUUUGUGGAGGCAUGUCAGCUACUGUGAACUGGGUAUCAAAUCUCAUUGUUGCCCAGAGUUUUCUUUCACUUGCUGAAGCUGUGGGAACUGGUUUAACUUUCUUGAUACUAGCUGGUGUGGCUGUGGUUGCAUUGGUGUUUGUGACUAUGUAUGUGCCAGAGACGCAGGGUUUGACAUUUGAAGAAGUCGAGAGGAUCUGGAAGGAGAGAGCUUGGGGUAGUGGGUAUGGCAGAGAAGCCCUACUUGAACCAGGAAAUCAACCGUAA